AGAGUAAAAUUGGAGCUCUGUUGUCCGUUGAAAUAAAUAUUUAGUCUUUGAAAACACUAUCAAGUAUCAGAUAGCAUGUCCAAAAAUACAAUACAGUAUGAUUUGAAUACAAGUGUUGGAUUAAUGCCGCUUAUUCAAUCGCUCAUCAAACCUCCCGAUUCUAACGAACCUUGUUCAAAGAUAGUUUUGAAGAAGAGCAGUCAUUCAUAUUACAAAAAACCAGGCCGCGGGCACAAUAAUGACUGCUGCGACUCCUGUGGUGAGGGAGGUGAUUUGAUAUGCUGCGAUAGAUGUCCUUCUAGCUUUCAUCUUGGCUGCCAUGAUCCACCGUUAGAUGAACGGAAUAUUCCUUAUGGAUUAUGGGUAUGCCAUACAUGUAAAAUGAGAGAUUCUGCAUUGCCGAUAAGGCACACAAAAAUUGACAGUAGAGCACCGUCUAAACUGGAACAGCAGAGCGAUUAUGAAAAUCCCUUAGAAUGUUCGCAGAGCUUUAAAAAUAAAAUGAUGCGCGUUCGUAGCAAUUCUUGUAAGAAUUCAUUACAGGCAGCGAUUAACUUCGAGAAGUUUACUUGUAAAGAAGACAUGUCUGAAGCUUGUCAGCAGGAGCUUAAUGAUAUUUGGAAAUUAUCUCCUAUGGAUCAAUUGAUUCGAGCAGCACGAAUACUGAAUCCACGCCAAUUUGAAUUACCACGUGAACUGAAAGUUCAUUUUCCGUUUCCAGGAACUGAAAAAGUGGAUGGACCGUUGAAAACGAAUGGAAAUGGUAGAAAAGGUAGCAGAGGUAAAAAAGUGUAUGAACUAGACAGCCAAGGGCUAGUUCCACUUCCGGCUAAGACAUGCAACGUCUGCGGACGAUCGUGUCGCAAAGCUCCACUAAUUGCUUGUGAUUAUUGUGACUCAUUUUAUCACCAGGAUUGUCUAGAUCCGCCAUUGACAGCGUUACCAACGGCCAUGUGGAUGUGUCCAAACCAUGUCGAACAAUUCAUUGAUUGGAAACUGGUUAAUUCAGUAGCAGCAACGGAACGAAUUAAAUUGUGGAAUCAUUUUAAUACAGUACUCGACCAAGAUAGUGUAAAAAACGAGUUUUUUCGUAAGGUAAAUCGCCGUAAUCCACCAUUUCGCAUAAAGCAGAAAGCGAAAAGGCGUGAUCACAUUGAAAUACCAUCUAUGAUUGAACACCAUUAUAGAAACCCUCCAAUUUUAUUGCCUUCUAUGCGUGAAAUUUUGCGCACUAAAGGUAUUAGUCAGGGCGGAGAGCACUCUUUACCAUUUUGCGAUGAUUCACAUAUUUUAAUGAUGAUUGAUGCAGAAUUAAAAGAUAUUGGUGAAGCAGAUAAUAAAAUUAACAAAAUUGAUCAAAACGUAGAUCAAUCUUUUAAAGAAGAAGAGAGAAUUACUGAAGAGCAAAUUGAAAUAACUAAUAAAGAAACUGCUUCAACUGUAAGAAUAUGUGGCAAAAAACACAAAACGUCACCGAAGAAAAUAUUUUCCUCUAAAUCAAUGAAAUUAGAGGAAGACAACGCAAGUUUGGACAUGUUUAAUUCAAAAUUAUUUGAAAAUGAGUCGAUAGAGUGGAAGAAGACGAAGAAGAUGGAUUCUAAUCAAGCUGUCAUUAAUGAGACUAUUCCGCGAAAAGUAAAUGAAAUAAUUGAUUGCUUUGAUGAUUCGUUUGUCAAAAUGCUCGCAUAUCAACGAUUGCAGCAAAUUUUGAUGGUGGGCACCAACACAGAAAAACAUCCACAAUGCAUCAUGAAGACAACGGUUCAGCAAAUAGCUAAGGCGGAAGUAAAAUCUAUGCCACUACCAAGUCAGCUUCUAACGAAAGAUGACAUUGAAAGGAUUGCAAAAGAAUUCACAAGUCCCAAAAGGGAGAGCGACAUUGUGAUUAAUCAAUUCAAUGACCUCGAUGCUGCGCCAAUAAGAACAAAUAUAAAAAAGGAGCCUGUUGGUAAUGAGUUUCUAUCCGACCGUGAAAAACUAAGUUCGUUAUCAAAAAAUGUGAUAGAAUUUGUUACUCACUUGGAGAUACGGACUCGUGCUGUAAUAACUCCGAUUGAUAUUGAAAUUACUGGAAAUAACUGGUUUGAAAGGCAAGAACUUUCGCGCUCUGUUUAUAUGCGCUAUCGAUCCUUGUCAAUUGGCACUGGACAAGGAAAUGAUGUUCAACUAACAAAGUAUGGCAAUUGCCAAUGUAUUUCAGAAAAGCAUGCUAUUAUAUUUUAUGAUGAGGUAACUAGAAUGUACGAAUUAAUUAAUUAUUCUGAGUUUGGCACGGUGGUUAACGGGCAGUACUACUCAUGCGAUUUUACGAAUUACGUCAAGCACAAGGAAUACUCCACAGACAAUAGUCAGCAGCACUCAGGUGGAAAAAAAUCUAAAAAAGACGAAAGCGAUGAUUUCAACAAAGAUCGUAAAUUUGAUAAGCGAAAGCUUCGAGAAGAAAUAAACAAUCUAAUUGAUAUAUCCCGAAAAUGCAACCGUAACCGAAAUGGUAACAUUCCGAAUAUUCGAAUGGCAAACAUUGUUCAACCGAAUUGUAAAUGUUCUGAUAUGGACCGGAAGAAUUGUGGGUGGGAAGGAACAGCUUUGCUCUACAACGGGACAUUUUUAAAAUUUGGUUGUCUGUCAUUUGUGUUCACUAUCACUGAAUACGAUUGCAUUGCUGAAGAGUUUGAUGAAGCGGAUAACCAAUCGGAUGAUGAUAUGUAAGAUUCGGAUAUUCAGUGUUUCCUUAUCAAUAUAUUAUGCUAUAAGAAAAAUAUAAAUUUAUU